GACUCCACCUCAUGAUGCCAUUUAGCAACAGAUGAGCAGCAGUACGUUGUGCAGCCACAGGCACUUCCAUCGCCAGGGUGCCCGACAGGAAUACUGUGUAAUGUUUGUCAGAGUCGUGGUGCUUUCCGUCUCUCUGGCAACAUAGCUGGGCAGCGUUUUAGCGACUUCCUCGUCUAAACCGCGUGUGUAAUUGCUGGCAGUGAGUUACUGUGGUGGGUCGCUAUGGAUGUGCUAUGGAUGAUACCGCUGCUGCUGAUUCCACUCCUGAUGUGGACCAGCAGCACGUUUGUUUUUUAUUUCAAAAAGUUCUUUUACGUCGCCUGGAUGAUGAUCUUGGCCCUGAUUGCCAUUCCUCUGUGCAUAUUGAAAAGCGGAGGCAGAGACAUUGAAAAUAUGAGGGUUAUUCGCUUCUUGGUUCGUCAUGUGAAGUACUUCCUGGGUCUUCGGUUUGAAGUGAGCGGUUGGGAGCAUCUUCAGACAGAGGGACCAUAUGUCAUCAUCUCCAACCACCAGAGCUCCCUGGAUGUUUUGGGCCUGAUGGAGAUCUUACCAGACCGCUGCACCAUGAUUGCUAAGAAAGAGUUAAUCUACGCUGGCACAGUAGGUCUCAUCUGCUGGCUGGGUGGCAUCGUCUUUAUCAACCGCAAGAAGACAAGCGAUGCAAAGAGUGUCAUGGCUGACGCUGCCAAAACCAUGUUGGACGACCAGAUUCGUCUGUGGGUGUUCCCAGAGGGAACGCGAAACCAGAGAGGUGACCUGUUGCCCUUCAAAAAAGGAGCUUUCCACCUGGCAGUGCAGGCACAAGCACCUGUCAUACCUGUCGUUUUCUCCUCCUACAGCAACUUCUACCAGCGGAAAGAAAAGCAGUUCAAAUCAGGGACCAUCAGAUUGAAGAUCCUUCCAAAGAUCGAGACAAAGGGAAUGACGUCAGAGGAUGUAUCGUCCCUCUCUGACAAAUCCUACAACCUGAUGCGCUCUGCCUUCUUGAGCAUCUCUGACUCCGUAACCCAGAGCAACGGGCCGUUGAGGCAGUGAACAUUUACAGUAUUCCCACCUCUUCUCCUCCUAUGCCCCUGUCUGAGACCCAUUCCUCCCCGAGACCUCGCCACUCUCCCCAGGUUGUCCCAUCGCCUGGCCAGGAAACAACAUGACACAGGUCUCCUGUCAUGAUAUCUCUUCUUGUCUAGUUGACGCCUGGUCCAGUCCGCCUCGGCCUGACCAUACAGGACAGUCGGUCCCGACCCUCACUGUGUCUGCAGCAGCGCUGCUCUGCACGCCGUGAGCGGAGUGACGGACGGCAAGCCGAACAGUAUGGAUGUGUGUUGUUCUUCAUGCAUGCCUUUUUGAUGGCUCUGUCCACCUUCACUGUUGCUUUGUUCUCUGGCUUUGGAAGCUUUAUUAUUGUCUUACUUUAUCACCAUUUUGUACUUUUCUUUUGGCCUUUUUCUCUCACUAUCUCCCCCAUCUGCCUCUGAUUUAGCAGGUAAACUUUGGCAUUUUCUUUGUCUCUUAAAUGUCUGGAUAUCAUGUGUUCCUCUCAUGCUUCCUUUGUUUUAGUUCUCUCUGGACACUCUUACACACACAAACAUGCACACACUCGUUCAGAGCACUGUAUCUCCUUCCUUCCUUUCCUUUUAGCGUGUUUUCCCCCUUUCUGCAUUCCAGUCUCUUGCCUAAAAGUCAAAGGGAUUGGGGUUCUCCACGAGCGGUGGAGUGUGUGGAGGUGAGCAGUCGACGCUGGUCGACCAUGAACUUCUUUGGUUUUGUCGCUAUGAGUUCAACUCAAUAUCUGCAGUGGCUCUGUAAUGACCAACGGCUCCAUGACACACUUCAUGAAGGAAUUCAAGGUUACAGGACAGUGUGUAACAAUAGCACCCAUCUGUACUGAUUUAAUGGAUUGAAGCAGACUGUUCAGUUCUCAUUGAUGUGCUUUGCUGGUGUAUCAUCGUGCAUUCAUUCAGUUUGUCUCUCCUGAAGAUUAGAAAUAACCUGCGUGCAGCUUUGAGCGGCAAGCGUCCUCUCGCUUAAUUUGUUCUCUAUUUAUUUCUGCAUUGGAUAAUCUUGUUUUUUUUUUCUCGAGGUGAUCACAUGUUUAUGCUCCUCCAGUGGAAGUAACAAGUGAACCCGUUUAACAUGUGUCAAAAAGGUGAUUUCAUUUUGUGCAUUGUCACAUUAUUAAAUUACUGCUUCAAAGUGCAAGCUG